UAUCACGCGAACUGAAUAAAGCGCGCAUCAUAAAUUAUUUGAGAGCGUUUACCCUAAAACGAUCAUGUCAGUUCUUUCAAAGUGAUCGUUUUGAAAACUCCUUGGGGCCGAAUGAAAGUGGAAAGUUCUAAUUGGUCAUGGCUAAUUUAUGUACUAUGCAAAUGUAAUUAGUGUUGUAAUGUCUAGUUCCCAUAGCUACGGCAAAAUUCAAGUUCAUGGAACGCAAUCAAUAACUUAUCUUAUGCUUAUUUGUGUACGAAAACGGCCCCUUAACCUUGUCCUCUUUUCUUCCACGAAGUCCCGAUUCAUUCAACUGUUAAGGGGGCCCUUUUCCGGGGAGAUCUGCUGGCCACGUCGAAAAUGAGCUAUUGACACGUAUUACUUUUAGGAAUCAAUCGAAACAUAGCAACAUGACCCGAUCUAUCGAAUGAUGGCUGAGAACGUAAAAGUUAUCGUACGAUGUCGGCCAAUGAACAAAAGGGAAAUCGAAUUAAAAUGCAAGUGCAUCAUACAAAUGAAGAAUUGCAUGACCGAAAUUUGGGACCCAAACGAGGGACCAUCAUUUCCGAAGCAGUUCACCUUCGAUUCGGUCUACGACCAGGAGUCCUACACCGAAACAAUCUACAAUGACAUCUGCUAUCCACUGAUCGAGAGCGUGCUCGAGGGGUACAACAGUACGAUCUUUGUGUACGGACAGACCGGUUGUGGUAAGUCGUUCAGCAUGGAGGGUUGCAAGAGUAUGAAUCCUCCGGAGAAGGGUAUCAUUUCGCGCGCCUUUGAACACAUUUUUGAAGCCAUAUCGGUGACGUCAGGCGUCAAGUAUUUGGCGUUGGCCAGCUACCUGGAGAUCUACAACGAGCAAAUAAGAGACUUAUUGCUUCCCAACGAGAGCGCUCUCAAUUUAAAAGAAGUUCCAAACGAAGGAGUGACCGUGCCCGGUUUGACGAUCCAUCCAGUCCACAACAUCGCAGAGUGCGAGGAGAUGCUGAACUUCGGUUCAAAAAACCGAAUGAUCGGCGCUACGCUCAUGAACCAGGUGAGCUCGCGCUCGCACAGCAUCUUCACGAUCAGCAUCGAGCAAAUCUCCAACGAUAACGAAACGAUAAGAAAAGGCAAACUGAACCUGGUGGACUUGGCCGGCUCCGAGCGCCAGGCGAAAACCGGCGCGACCGGCGACCGCCUGAAGGAAGCGACGAAAAUCAAUCUCUCGCUGAGCGCGCUCGGAAACGUCAUCUCCGCGCUCGUCGACGGAAAAGCCAAGCACAUCCCGUACCGGGACUCAAAACUCACCCGCCUCCUCCAAGACUCCCUCGGCGGCAACACCCGCACACUGAUGAUCGCCUGCAUCAGCCCGGCGAGCCGCGACUACGACGAAACCCUCUCGACGCUCCGCUACGCGAACCGCGCGAAAAACAUUCACAACAAACCUCGAAUCAACGAGGACCCCAAGGACGCCAUGCUCCGCCAGUACCAGGAGGAGAUCUCGAGGCUGCGCAACCUGCUCGAGGACCGCCGCCUCGGCUCCCCGCUAAAAAUCGAGGACAUCUCCGACGAGGCCCAAUUCGAGCUCGCCAAGCUUCCCGCGCACACCAAGCGCGACCUACUCAUUCAGGAAUUCCAGGAGGAGAUGAAGAAACUGAAGAACCUGCACGAGAACGAGAAGAGCGAGAAAGAGAAGAUCUUGAAGCAAAUCGAGGGGAUCAAGACCGAGUAUCAGCUGCACAUCGAGCAGCUGAACAGCGAGAUGGAGGAGAAGAGGCAGAAGAGCACGUCGAAGGAGGAAAUCUUGCAGCGGAUCGAGGCGCUAAAGGCGUCGAUGAUUGGCGGCGAAAAGGCGGACGACAAGGAGCUGUCCGAGAGGAGGAAGCGUAAAAAGCAGGCCUCCGAGAAACGGCUAAGCGCAAUUGCACACGUUUUGGCCAAGAUCGACAUGAACGAAGACAGAGAGCUGCUGCAGAGUCAGUAUAUGGACAUCAGUCAGGAAUUGAAGGUGAAGACCGACGCGCUGAGGAAAUAUCGGCACAAGGUUAAAUCGCUCGAGAAGGAAAUCGGCGAUAUCCAAAGCGAGUUCCAAGUGGAGCGAAACGAUUACCUGGAAACCAUCAGGAAACUGAACCGCAACACGAAGCUGCUGUCGCAAAUCACCGAGAAGUUGAGUGGGACGUUGAAGAACGAGUGCAACUACAAGGAUCUGGAGGCGAUCAAGGAGCAAGCGAUUUGGAUCGAAGACUCGCAAAAGUACAAAUUGCCAAACUUAGUGGUGCAUAGGACGAAACUGCCUCCACCCGGCCAAAAUCGCGAACCGUCAGCUAAUUCGUCCAAAAGCAGUAACCCGUCGACGCCGCCAGACGACAACAGUCAGAAGUCGGACAAAGUAGAUAACGAGGACAUUAUCGGUAGCUACUUCAAGCCAAGACGUGCCACUGAACUGCUGAAUCAGUCGUCCAGGUUGGAAUCGUCGGUCUUUACGACUUGGAGAGAUUUCGCGAACAAGACCAAGCCCAGAUCGAGCGAGGGGGUCCACUCUCCGACCAUUAUGAGCACAUUUUCCUUUCCCCACAGCAACUGGUUAAAUGGAAACGCGUUGGGAAUGGACACAAGUAAUCGACGACCUUUACGACUGGAAGCGCUGCCCCUAAUUGAAAAGCGGCGUAAAAACACCAACUUAAUUCUACCCUGGAUGUAAUUGCUAUUUUUAUAACAUAAUCGAGUGUUUGAGUGAUAUUUAUUAAAUUUGCUAUAAAUUAUAUCUCGAAAGAAUUUAUAUUUUUAUUCGGUUUCAAUAAAGUUCUAUUCU